AUGAUGGCCAGUGAAAAGAACUUUGAUCGCAUUACCGCUCCAUUUAGCGACGAUGUGAUUGGAAGCGUCCUUACUCGGUCUGGAACCUCCAGAUGCUAUGUCGUGGAACCGAACUUCAAUACCUCCGUAAGAUCUUCACAGCAGCAACAACUUCAGGACAUGCCCCUUUCUACUGCAUCGCUACAUCCGUUGACAAAGUUUUCGUCGUUGCCUGUUUCCGCGACAAGUGCGGCCGAAUCGAUCGAACGCUUCUUGCAAACAAAACUCCAAAGUGACGGUUCCUCGAUGGCACCAGCUCGCUAUUAUGCGUUUCAUCCCAGUAUGCAUGGUUCAGUUAAUGCCUUGUACCCGCAGACUUUUGUUCCAUAUGCGUCAACGGAUUCGCUUGCAAGAACCGUCUCGACCGCGGUUGCUACUAUGUCCAUCAGUUGUUCAGAUGUGUCACCUACACGCCAGAAGAAGUGGUGGGCGAGUAUGCGAUUGAAAGCAUGUCGUGAGCAAUGUCGAACCAACCAAGCAAGGUAUCGCCAGAAACAGCGUGAGUAUGUCGUAAAGCUCGAGUCAACCGUAGCACAACUACGCGAGGAGAUCCCGACGCUGGAGGUGCAGCAUCGCCGUCUUCGGUACGAUCCACGGCAACGCGUUCGAGAUGUUGUCGCCGAGUACUUUCAGCUUUUUCACCACGGGGUUGGGAGCGAUGCUUUUGAACAAGGAUCGGUACAUACAAGUGACGUGCUUCGUGCUUCCAAAGCUCAGCAGCAGUUGAUGUUUUUGCGAUCAACCAUGGCGCCAAAUGUUGACUUUGGUAACGUGUGUGGAGUGGAGAUGCUAAUGAAGCACUGGCGUCGAAUGUCAGAAUAUCAUGAAAAUCUGCGGUUUCAACUAUCGCAUAUGGAGAAAGUCUCCGAUAUCAUUGUUAUUGCUACAGCUAUCCUGAGUGUAACUAUCACGAAAACAACGCUGAAGUACGUCUUUCCUCACCUCAUGAUGUCUGAUAAUGUCGAGGAUUUAUCUUUGGCAGUGAAAUUGCUCGGCCACAAACUAGACUACCCGUGCUCAGUGUUGUUUCUUUGGAAUGAAGAAACCAGUCUCGUGAUGCGAGUAGAGACCAAUAUCGACAUAACAUUGCCAUUCCUUAAACUUCUAGGUAAUUUGAAGGACGUCUCCCGUGUAAUUGAAGGAGCUGCCAUGACCCCAACUUCCUCACUAUAA